AUGGCCGCUCCCAGCGAAGCCGGGCCCCGCCGGGUGUCCGACUUCGACACGUCUAUUUUCAAAUCCAGUAUGGCCCGGGCUCUUUCUCCCUCCGAUACAGGCUCGCGAUCCUCCUUCUCCUCUGUCCGAGAAAACGACGAUGGCCUCGCCCAGACCUUUACCCGCUCCAAGGUCUCCUCCUACCUCGAGGCUCCCGAGGACGUCUUCGACGAGUCGCCUUCCAACGACAUCCCCCAGCUCUCCUUUCAACCCCCCGUCACGCACCCCCACAGCAGACUGCAUGGAUUCUGGUUUCCCCCGGAUAGCUUUAAGGGCUGGAAGCAAAUCUCCAUCAAGGGAAAACGGGCCAGCCGAAGCUGUGAGGAUCUGCACAAGCUGCACAUGGCCUGGGAUGAUUCGCCCGCUCCCGUGCCCAAGAAGCAGCCGGGCAGCUACCCGAGAGGGCAGUCUCCGCUCGAGACGCUUCCAAACGAGGUUCUAGGUGCCAUUAUCGAUCUGCUGGUGGUUGAAAUUCCACCCAAUGGGCUCACCACCCGCAAUGCCGACUUGAUGGCCCUCCUCUUGGCCUCUCGAGCCAUGCACGCCGCGACCCUCAACACCCUCUACCGACACAUCACGAUCCCUCACUCGCGCAUCUUCCGCAAGUUCCUCACUACCAUCAACCAGUAUCCGGCGCUCGCCACCAUUGUCAGGCGCCUGGACUUCAGUCAUUUCAACCCUUCCAUGAUCUUCUCCACCGCGAGCGAGAGGGCCCAGACCCAAAACCUGACGACCGAGACCCUCGCCCAAUGCCUGGAGCUCACCCCUUACCUCCAGGAAUUCCUCGCCCAAGAGUACAUCGACGACGAUCUCGGUCCCGCCGUCCUCCAGAAGCUACUGUUUGACAUGCCCCAGCUGCAGGCGCUGGACUUUUGCGCAUGCUCGUCCGCCGCCUUCAGAAACUCGUUCAAGACCGUUCUCGAUGUGCCUUGGCCCGCGACGCUUUCCAUCACCAAGCUCUCCUUUCACAAGUGCCUGAGCCUUCCGUCUACCGUCUUCGAGACCAUUCUCCCUCGCCUCGGUCGCCUCACGCACCUGGAUGUCGCGGGUACGCGAAUCUCGGACGAGGCCUUGGAGAUGAUUCCCACCACUGCCAGGUUGACACAUCUGAACCUCGCAAAGUGUAAGGAACUCUCUUCCGAGGUGGUGGUCAAGUUCAUUGCUACGCACCCGGCGGUGACGGAGACUUUGGUGUUUCUCAGCCUCGCAACCGAAUCGAACAACCACCUCUUGCUCGGCAGGGAAGAUGUGGACAUUCUGCUGCCGCAACUCCCGGCGACGUUAAAAUCUCUCAGUCUGAGGGGAAGCCGAAUGGACGCUUCUCACGUUCCCCAGCUCAUCCGCCUCAGCCAGACUCUGGAAGAGCUGGCUGUCGGCCGUGGGCUAGACAUGAACGACAUCCACCGCAUCUUUAAGCAAGACGACGGUUUCUUGACGCAUAACCUCCGUUACCUGGACAUCUCGGAGAUUGACACCAUCAUCGGAAGCGCCAGUGCGCUGCUGGCUUCGGCCUCAACCCCGCUCUGCGUCAUCGAGAUUGAGGAGCGCGCCUACGAGAGGGCGGCCAAGCUGAAUAGAAACCUUGACAAGGUCGGAUGGACGACUAGCGAGUUUGGCAGCCGAUACUGGCUUGUCCGCAAGCCCGGCCGCGAUGUGCCGACGGAGCACCAGCGGCGAUGGUGGAAAAUGGGUGCAGAGAGCUGGGGGAUGAGGAAAGUUCCAGUUGCUGCUGCAGAGGUGGGCGGCAUGUAUGGAUCUUUUAUGUUUGGCAGGCGACUCUGA